AUGCGUGGGCUGGGGGACCGCAUCACACGGGCGCGGCUGAGGCUGCUGCAGGGCGGGCAGGCGGACGUGCUGGGGAGGGGGUUCUCAGACGUGCGUGUGGAGUAUGAUGUAGACGGGGGCGAGCAGGUGGGCAGCGGGCAGUUCGGGGUGAUCCGCGUGGUGAAGAACCGGGUGAGUGGGGAGCGGCUGGCGUGCAAGUCCAUCAGCAAGACGUGCGUCAAGUCGAAGGCGGAUGCGGCGGACAUAAGGAGGGAGGUGGCCAUAUUGGAGCAGCUCAAGGACCACCCCAGCGUUGCCCGCCUCGCUGCUGCCUUUGAAGACCCCAAGGAGGUGCAUCUGGUGAUGGAGCUGUGUGAGGGUGGGGAGCUGUUCGACCGCCUCAAGGCGAAGCGAGUGUAUGAGGAGGGCGAGGCGGCAGCGGUGCUGCGCACGCUGGUGGACGUGUUGAGGCACUGCCACGCCAUGGGGGUGGUGCACCGCGAUGUCAAGCCCGAGAACAUCCUUCUCGUGUCCGAACACAGCGACACUGACGUUAAAGUCAUUGACUUUGGCAUCGCUGCCUUCUACAAGCCUUCGCGGCCGCUGACGGAGUUUGUGGGGUCGCACUACUACAUGGCGCCAGAGGUCAUCGAGGGCAGCUACGGGCCCCCAGCCGACGUGUGGAGCGCAGGGGUGGUGCUGUACGUGCUGCUGUCAGGGGUGCCGCCCUUCUGGGCGCGCUCAGAGGACGGCAUCAUGCAGGCCAUCCUCGACUGCCGCCUGCGCUUCAAGCCCGAGGUGUGGGGCAAGCGCUCCCAGCUCGUGCAGGACCUCAUCCGCCGCAUGCUCACACGGGAUCCCGACCUCCGCAUCACACCGGCUGGCGUUCUCGCUCAUCCGUGGAUGGCAUCUGCAGCAGAUGAGACGCAGCCGCAGUAA